GUGAUCCUUGCAAUUGGUCGUGAUGCCUGCACUGAGUCCCUUAACCUGGAUGCCUUAGGCAUAAAAAAAGACAAUACUGGCCGUGUAAUCUGCAAAGAUGAUGAACAGACCAGCGUCGAUAAUAUUUUCGCGAUUGGCGACAUCGUUUCUGGCAAGCUUCAAUUGACUCCUGUCGCAAUUCAGGCUGGAAAAUUGCUCGCCAGAAGACUAUAUGCAUGUGGUUCGGAGUUGACGGAUUAUACCAAUGUGGCAACAACCGUAUUCACUCCCCUUGAAUAUGGAGCUGUUGGUCUUUCUGAAGAAGCAGCAAUCGAGAAAUAUGGCGAGGAAAAUAUUGAGGUGGGUUGCCCACUCAUUUCAAUGCCAUCCCGACUACUUGCCAUGACAACCUUAUAG